GUACACAACAGAGUACCAGACCACAUCACAUCGCGCGGUAGGUGUACCUCCUACCUCGUGUCUAAUUCUUCUUCGCUUCUACUCCAGUCCUGCAUUACACCAUAAACUGCAGUGCUUCCAGAGAGCCUGACCGACCAUCCACCAGCAGCUAGCGUAGCGAGCGAUGGCCACCGAACUCCGGUCGCCGCUCCUCCCGCCGCCACCGCCACAGCGCCGACUAAGCCCGCGGGCAGCCGCGUGGGCGGCGCUCGCCGUCUCGGCGACGGUCCUGCUCCUCCCCUUCCUGAUCGGCAGCACCACCAGGACCACCAGCAGCAGCAGCACGAGACACCCUCGGCCCCGAUCCUCCCCACCAUCCAACCCCGUGGAGCUGACCCUCCUGACCGGCGCCCGCGACAAGGGCGCGGUGUGCCUGGACGGGAGCCCCCCGGGCUACCACCUGCAGGCGGGGUCCGGCGCCGGGUCCGGCAGCUGGCUCAUCCAUCUCAUGGGGGGCGGCUGGUGCGACACCGUCCGCAGCUGCUCCGACCGCAGGACGACCUACCUCGGCUCGUCCCUCUUCAUGCAGAAAGUCAUGGACUUCACUGGCAUUCUCAGCAACGACCCGGCACAGAAUCCUGAUUUCUACAGCUGGAACAGAGUGUUCGUUAGGUACUGCGACGGGGCAUCGUUUUCGGGGGAUUCCCAGCGCGAGGCUGGGCCUGGGAACGGCACGCUCUUCUUCAGAGGCCUGCGCAUCUGGGAGGCAGUCCUCGACGAGCUCAUGCACAAGGGCCUCGCGCAUUCCAAACAGGCCUUGCUCACAGGUUGUUCCGCUGGUGGUCUGGCCACGCUGCUGCACUGCGACGAUUUUCGCGCACGGUUUCCCCCUGAGGUUCCUGUGAAAUGCCUCUCCGAUGCCGGGUUCUUUGUUGACGCGAAGGAUUUGUCAGGGCAGCGCUCCAUGCGUUCUGUGUACAGCGGAGUUGUUCAUCUUCAGAACGUUACUAAAGUUUUGCCCAAGGACUGCCUCCUCGCAAACAAGGACGAUCCCACGCAGUGUUUCUUCCCGGCGGAGCUUAUUAAGAGCAUCAGCACGCCCACGUUGAUCGUAAACUCUGCUUACGACUCUUGGCAGGUACGGUUUGUUGUUGCGCCAGACAGCUCGUCUCCCGACGAGUCAUGGCGCGGCUGCAGAGACGACGUUCGCAGAUGCAAUUCCUCCCAGAUCCAAGUCCUCAAUGCAUUUAGGAAGACGAUGGUAGAUGACCUCGUCGAGGCUGCCGACGGCACCAACAGCAGCUGGUUCAUCGACUCUUGCUUCACACAUUGUCAGACUAUCUUCGACACCUCAGGAUGGAACUCAGCGGCCGCGCCGAGGAUCGGAAACAAGACACUGACGGAGGUGAUCGGGGACUGGUACUUUGGUAGGAGCCCGAGCCCGGUGGUGAGGCAGGUUGGCUGCGAGUAUCCAUGCAACCCUACAUGCAACAGUCAGCCACCAGUUGCUGGCUUCUACAACAAAGCUCUGCCGCCGCGUCAACAAGCAAACAUUCUUGUAUUGGGGUGAACCAUACAAGUAAACGGACAAUAAUUCUAAAGAUAAAUAUAUAUAGCACACACUGCAUGAGAGAACACUGAAAAUUGAUGGAAAGAAAAUUGACGUACGUACGGGCUCUUGUUGGACCCUGUUAAUGAUGAUAAUUAAGAAGUGAUGGAUGAUGAUGAGACCAAUGUGUUCCUUAUCAAAAAUGAAAGCGGAUGGACCACUGUAUUGGCCU